AUGCACACUCGAUUUACAUCUAUCAUCAAUGAGCUUCACUCCCUGGGAGAAAUUAUCCCCAGGAACAAACUUGUCAGGAAGAUACUUAGUGUAUUACCUGGUUCUCGGGAAAGCAAAGAAAAUGCUAUCACAGAGGCAAAAGAUCUGCAGAAGCUGACCAUUGAUGAACUUAUUAGCAAUCUGAAGACUUAUGAAAUGAAGAAGAAGAAGAAGGAUAAUGAGAUAAGAGAGCCCAAAAGGGAGAAGAACCUGGUCCUUAAGGCGGACAACAAUGACUCAGGUGGUGAGGAUGCUGAUAUGGCUUACCUGACAAAAAGAUUUCAGAAAAUGGUUCGCGGAAAUGGAGGUAUUCCAAAAAGGGGCAGCUCCAGCAAGCCAAAAGGUUAUGACCUAUGUCAUAAGUGCUGGAAAGUGAAGCAGCUGAGUAUGACUCUUGACAGCUCCAUGAUGGCAGUGGAAAGUGAAGCAGCUGAGUAUGACUCUAUCUUUGCCCUGAUGGCAAAAUCUGACGAUGAUGAGGAUGUGGUAAACUUUCUAGAUGUUCAAAGAAAUCUGAAGUCUUAUUCUCCGAAAAAACUUAUGUCUUUGGCAAAUGUUUUAAUUGAGGCUUAUCAUAGUCUUAUAAAUGAUAAAAAUGCAUUAACUAUGGAAUUAGGAGCAGCAGAACAUGAAGGAGAUGAUCUAGUAGUCAUUGUGGUAGAUCUAAAAGAAACCAUUGAGAGUAUGAAGAAGGAAAAAGAUGUCUUAACUGAAAAAUUGCAAACAUAUAACAUGAGAGAGAUGAUCUAUUGGCAUGAGAUUAUUCAAAAGGGAAAGGAAGUUGCAAAUGAGGCACAUCUUAGGCUUGAAGAUGAGCUAAAAUCAGUGAAAUCUAGUAUGUGUGCCGAACUCGAGAAAAACAAACAACUUCAGGAAGAUCUAGGUAGAGUUAAGAGUGAUCUUGAAAAAUCACUCAAGUGGACCUGGUCCUCUGAUUCUAUCACUGCCAUGUAUAUGAACAAUGGCGGAAAUAGGCAGGGAAUCGGGAAACCUAUAAGGCCAGAUUUCAGUUUCAAUGGAAAAACAAAGUUUUUGCUAAAAAGGUUGAAGUACAGCUUGAUGAGUGUUCCCCAAAUAUGUGACAAGGGAAACAAAGUGGAAUUUGUAUCAAAGAUAUGCACAGUCACAAAUCUUGUGACUGGUGAAGUGGUUUUAGUGGCUAAAAGAUACAAAACUAUCUAUGUUGCUGAAUUUGAAUCCUUGCAAAAUGGGGAUCUCAGCUGUUUGAGUGUUGUUGAUGGUGAUGCCGAACUAUGGCACAGAAGGGUGGGUCAUGCAAGUUUUAUGUUGCUGAACAAAUCGGUCAAGAAGGACCUGGUUCGUGGUUUGCCCAAGUCAAGCUUUAAGGAUCACACAACCAAGGAUGAAACUUUUCAAGUAUUUGCUGCAUUUGUGAAGAAGAUCCAGGUGAAGAUGAUCCAUAAUGUAGUAUGUAUCAGGUCUAAUCAUGGGACAAAAUGUGACAAUUCCAAAUUCGACGAAUUAUGUACUGAAAAUGGCAUCACUUAUAAUUUUUCAGCUCCAAAAACACCUAAUCAACAUGGUGUUGUGGAAAGGAAGAAUAGGAGUCUUGAAGAUAUUGCGAGAACAAUGUUGAUUGACGAUUGUAUUGAAAAAAGUUUCUGGGCAGAAGCCGUCAAAACUGCAUGCUACUUGGUGAACAAGUGCAUGAUCAGGUCCCUCCUGAACAAAACCCCAUAUGAAUUGCUGAACAGAAGGAAGCCCAAGCUGACACAUUUAAGGACAUUUGGCUGUAAAUGUUUUGUUCUCAACAAUGGCAAGGAAACACUUAGAAAAUUCGAUGCCAAAAGUGAUGAAGGAAUCUUUCUCGACUAUUCAUCACAAAGCAAAGCCUACAAAGCAUACAACAGACGAACUCAAUGUGUUGAGGAAAGCAUAAAUAUGGUCUUUGAUAAAUCUCACCACUCAUGUGGAAAAGAUGCACAUGAUAAGAGUGAUCAAGGCGGAGAACAGUCAACUGUCCCUGGUGAAAUCAUUGACAUGGCAAAUGAAAACAUUGACAUGAUGAGCCACAUCAAGGAAUCAAACGAGGAUGGUCAUGAUUUCCUUCGCCUUGGUUCUGUGUGUCAGCAUGAUUCUCUUCGCCUUGGUUCUGUGUGUUAUCCUGUUUAUUUGAUUCUUGUUAAUCUCUCGUGGUCACCAUGCUUCGAAUAUGUUCUGCUGAAUCUUUUGCCUGCUUAUAUCCCAUCUAUAUGA